AUGCUUGAUUUGGAUCAGCCAGAUCUUUCAGUUAAGGUGAUGCUCCUUGGCGAUAGUUGCACUGGAAAAACUUGUCUCUUGGUUCGUUAUAAGGAUGGGGCCUUUCUUAACAACAACUUCAUUUCGACUGUUGGAAUUGAUUACAGAAAUAAAGUCAUUGAUUUGGAUGAUAAGAAAGUGAAGCUUCAAAUUUGGGAUACUGCUGGCCAGGAGCGAUUCCGUUCGGUGACAGCGGCGUAUUAUCGCGACGCCGAUGCGCUACUUCUCGUCUACGAUAUUGGAAAUCGCACGAGUUUUGAGAACAUCCGGAGCUGGCUCGCUCAGAUCAAGGAGUACGGUAAGGAGAGUGUCAAAGUGACACUAGUGGCAAACAAAUGCGAUUUGGGAAGCUCGCGAAAAGUGAAAUCUGAGGAAGGACGAUCGUUGGCCAAGGCUUAUGGCAUUCCAUACAUCGAGACGAGCGCCAAAACUGGUCAUAACGUUGAUCGAGCAUUCACUGAGAUUGCGAGACGCUUGUUGGCUGCCCAAUUAGGCGAACAAUAUGAAUGCAGCGCGGUUGUCGAUCUGGUUUCGGAGGAAACUGAAAAGAAAUGCUGCUACUACUAUUAA